UUUUCUUAAAAUAUGGUUGGAGCAGACGUUCAUUCCCGAGCUGUCGGUAUAAAUACAAGACCUCGGUGGUAGAUUAUGACCCUAAUAUCACCGAUGACGAGAAACGGGAUUUACAAGACUUUACUUCAACCAUAGCUUCUCCAUUGUCAGUUCAAGUUGAAGUGGAAAUAAUUCCAAUUCAUGGUAUAGCAUGUCAGUCUUGCGUUAAAUCAAUAACUAAUGCAGUUUCUUCAUUAUCUGGAAUCGUGAAUAUUAGU